AUUAAGCCAGGAGAAGAAAAACGCAUUAUCCAUAUGGAUUAUUGGAUAUCCUCUUAUGCUAUUCUCCUAUUCUCGCUAGCCAAGCAAAUUUGAAAGGAAAUUACAUCAUUCUCCCGGGAAAAUGACACUUUCUUCUCUAAUCUCUCUCUGAUCUUGCCUCUAAAACCCUUGAUCCCAGCCAAACUAACUUCCCCAUGGCAUUUCUCAUCUCUUCGCCCGAAGUUUCCGCUGUCUCCUUGAAGAUUUUACCUAGUCCUAAACCUAAAUGUUUAGCGAGCCUCUCUGUCUCGGGCAGUAAUGAGAAAAUUGGAACUAGGGCUAGGAUUCGGGUUGGGGCUGAUGUUGGUGUUAGAGACUGCAAGGUUAGGGUUGCGGGACUAGAUCAAAAAGCAAAGGUGUAUGGUCAUUAUACCGCUUCGGUGAAACGAGGAUUGAAGCAGAACAAAGAGGAAGAGGAGAAGCAGAAUUACUACGUUAACAUGGGCUAUGCAAUUCGGGCUUUGAGAGAAGAUUUUCCGGAGCUCUUCUAUAGGGAGCUCAGAUUCGAUAUCUACAGGGACGACAUUGUGUUCAAAGAUCCUCUUAAUACCUUUGUUGGCAUCGAAAACUAUAAGUCAAUUUUCUGGGGGCUACGAUUUCAUGGAAGGAUUUUUUUCAGGGCUUUGUGGCUUGACAUUAUUAACGUAUGGCAACCUAUGGAAAAUGUCAUCAUGGUCCGCUGGACUGUUCAUGGUGUUGCACGAGUUCCUUGGGAGAGCCAUACUCGGUUUGAUGGUACUUCAGAAUAUAAACUCGACAAGAACGGAAAGAUCUAUGAGCAUCGAGUUGACAACAUCGCUCCGAGUUCACCUCCAAAGUUCCAUGUUCUGGCUGUUCAAGAACUGAUUCAAUCUAUCGGUUGCACCUCUACCCCGAAACCAACUUACUUCGAAGUUGCAUCUUUGUCUUCCGAAGUAUCCUAAAUCUUUCAAAAUUUUGGUAUUACUUUACUAUGUUUGAGCAAAUACGGUGAUGAAGCUUGGGAUUGUGGUUCACCGUGUCCGUGUAUAAAACCCAGUUGUAGGUCCCGUGGGGACUUGAGACGACUCCGGUAGUGCUGUAAGUAUCCUAGUUUGAUCAUUUGUAAAUGCGUAUGGUAAAUGUAUCUACUUGACCCUAAGGCUUGGAACCCAGUUACCCAACCAAAUACAAUAUUGUACAAGAAUCAUAUAUAAAAGUGACCUUGUAUAUCCAUA